UGUAAAAGUUAUAAAUAUUAUCUUUUCUUUUUACUGGAAACACAAAUCUAUUAAUAAGCAAUGGUGGAAAAGUCAGAAACAACUCCCUUCCGAAAACCAUGAACGUUAUUGAGAAAUAGAAAUACAAAUUUAGAGAAAUUUGCGUGGCCACAUCUACAUACGAAUUUGCCUCUCAAAACCUUAACUAAUCCAAGUUAAAAAGACUAUAUAACUGCGUCCAUAAGUAGUUAAUACAUUCUUGUUACCUUUGAUUACGAGGACAAAAAAAUGUAUGCUUCAGAUUGCCGUUAUCGAGGCUACAUUUUACUUCUAGUUCUAUUUUAUUCACUUGUGUUUGAUUUAGCUUCAAAUAUAGACAUUUCUGAUGAUGUAGGAGGCAACCGAACCGACAGUAACUGGAAACGUUUUCUCUCUAAUUCCAAACAACAUGGCAAAGAAUAUACUAGUUGUAUAAGUAUAGGUGCUGAAAUUCCAAAGCUGUAUCUUUUUUGUGAUGAAUCACCUAAAGACAUUAUUACAAAAAUCAAUUUCGCUGAUUAUGGAAAUCCUAUCGGUGGUUGUAAAGAUAAUAGACAUGGCAAUUGCGGUGCACCAGCUGCCUUGAGGGUGGUCGAAAAGAAUUGUCUUGGAAAACUCAAGUGUGAGCUUAACAAUUCGGACGAGAUGUUUGGUCCGAGUCACUGCAAAAAAGAUAUUACGCUCACUAUUGAAUAUACUUGCACAAAAGCUUAGGUUUUUAAGUUUCUCCUUAAUUAAGGAUUUUAAAAAUAAUUUUGGUUUGUUUCGUUAUAUUGAUCAAGUUCUUGUUGAUUAUUAAAGGAACGUUUCAGAAUUUUUUUUUUUUUGGUUAUUUUGUAACAAAGGUUGAUGUGUAGGACCACAAAAUUUCUGAUUCAAAACCAUGAAACAAGACGGUUGAAAACGAUAAUAUAGAGGUAAACGUUUGAAAAUCAUUAGGAAAUAAACGAAAGAACAAACAAAGUCAAGAUUAUAUAUAUUUAUUUAACUCGAUAAAUUGGAUCUAAUAUGUGACAAUUAUGUGCGAUUUUUGAAUUCCAUAAUACAAAUGCUUUAAAACUAUUUUGCAAUACCCUAAAUAGAAUCUUCAAACUUAUUUCUAGGCUAUACUCUCGAGACUUACGUUAAAAAAAACUAAAGAGUUUGAAACUUUUAUCUAACGUACGUAUAAAAAUAGAUGUAAACUAGGUUAAGAUCCGCUCCUUGUGCGGAAUGGACAUUAUAUAUAUAAAUUAUUUUAUAUAUUAUAUGUUUAUAACCUAUUAUAAAAUAAUAAAUA